UUUUAAUCUUUGAUUCAAUCACUUUUAUUUCAUUGAUAAUUUCGGACUGUGUUGUUAUCUUUGCGUUUUUGAUUCCUUUUUAUUGAAAUUAUACAAUAUGUACACAGAUUAGUUUCCUUUGUUGUGUCGCAUUUAGUUUUUAUUUAAUACUCGCUUAACACCACCCUAUUCUACUGAAAUAUUUCUUGUGCAGAUAACAAAACGAUGGGUGACUCAUGUGUGGAGACUCCAGAGGCUCCAGCUUGGUUAUCUAAACUAGAAAGUCAGCGCGAGAAGUUGAGUAAAGCCCGGCUUGGUCACGAUAGCGGUGCAGGCGCAUCUUGUAAUUCCUGUGGUCCAACAUGCCCAGGAUUAGACCUACACUUUUGGCGUAAGGUGUGCCGAGCGUGCCACUGCAGCAAGGAUGUGCAUGAUGUGCAGGAUGAUGACCUGACUGGAUGGGCUCAGUUUGAACUUCUUGGAACUGCGAGGCCUAAGAAGGCAUCAUUGCCCCUGAUUAAGAUUCGUGGAGUGACAGACAAGCCUGUAAAACUCGAUUGGGUUCCUCCAAAUGCCUCUACAGAAUUGGUAUCGGAGUACAUGUCGUGCUUGGGCCCGCUGGCGCCGGUGUCCGGGUCAGAGGCAGCGCGUCGGCGACGCGCGCAGCUCCGCACGCAAUUGCCGCCGCACGAUGUAGCGACCGCUGCCAGGCAACACGCUACUGAUCAGGAGAAAACAGAGCAUACGGAAUACAUCACACGUAUCAAAGACCAUGUCGUGGGAAUGGGCAAUGUAGUAAGAGUGGGUCCAUUGCAAAACGGCGAAGUAUAUUCAGUUGAAAACAGCAAAACACAUGGUGCUACUAAAUCAUAUGCUCUGCCUUUGAAAAUAUCAAAUGUAUCACGCGGGGUGAAAUACAACAUUGUGCCAAAGAAUGCAUCCGAUAAGAAGCUUGUUUUAGAUUCUCAAGGCAAUGUUGUGAGCAGUGCAGCUAAUUUGCCCGAUUACAAAUCGAGCCAGAUACUCAGUAGAAUUGUGAAAGACAAACUUAACGUAAUGCGUAUUGAGUCUGAUAGGAUCAAGAGUGCAGUUGAACAUGGACCAGUCUACGAUAAAUUACUCAAGAACUUGAAUGAUUUAAAUAUGCCAGUGAACAAUGAUGUUUAUUUACAACCUAUCAAAUUGUUCCGUGAUGAAUAUAAUAAAAAUCCACAGUUCAGGGAUGAAACAAACGAAUUUGUUGGCAAAGCUCUCGGGACUCAAAUAAUGGCAGAUCUGUGGCCAACAAGCAAUAAUAAUUUAAUUGGUACUGCAAAGGUACUGGAUAGUCGGAUACAGAAGGGAACUAUUUUCGCACCAAAUGGCGAGAUUUGGAGCUGGAAACACGAACCCACUACGCCUGAACUCAGCGGAACAAUUUGCUCUACAAAGAUAAAUCCGCAAUACUCAACCACCACUAAACCUAUGAACCAAGUGGAGCCACAACAGACCGCGCCAUUGAGGGAAUAUUUAAGAACCCAUUCGGAAGAAAGCCUUCCUCCGCCGCCUUUACCUAACUACAGUACAUAUCCUGGAGGCUUACCACCGCCAAGUGCCGCCGACUUGAAUAUAGAAAAUCAGAACACUUUACCUGAAAAUACAUUCCAAAGCAUCUCCCAUCCAGUGUCCCAAUAUGCGGAACAGAUUGAUCCAAUACUCACCCAAUUUGCUGACCUGUCUUUGAACCCAGCAGAGAUGGAAUUCAAUAGGAAGUUAUACAACGAAGGUGUGCCGUGUCAACGUUGUGAUAAGGCAAUGUUCGCUGGAGAAGUAGCUGUAAAAGCAGAGAGAGCCGGCCAAGAAGCAAUCUGGCAUCCGCAGUGUUUCACUUGCUGCAAAUGCGGGGAAUUGUUAGCAGAUCUCGUGUACUUCUUCUAUAAAGGCGAAAUUUACUGUGCCAGAGACUUGGCUAAUGUUUUAGAGAUACCUCGAUGUGCUGGUUGCGACGAGUUGAUAUUUACAAGGCCAUAUACUGCUGCGGAAGGCCGGGCUUUCCAUGUUCAGCAUUUCUGCUGCUACCAUUGUGAUGCUCCGUUGGGCGGUAAAAAGUAUGUACCUGAUGAUAAAACUGGUCUUCCAAUAUGCCUGUCCUGCUAUGACCAGUACUAUGCAGAACGUUGCCGUGCAUGUGGUGGUGUCAUUGGUCCAGAGCAGCAAGGGGUGUCAUGGAGUACGAUGCAUUGGCAUGCUGACUGCUUUAUUUGUUCAGGAAGAAUGUGCGGCAAGAGUCUUCUCAGCGGGAGGUUUGUCGUUAAACAGGAAAUGCCUUUUUGCAGUGUGCCUUGUGUUCAGAGUAGAAUUAAGUAAAGUUUUAUGUGACAUUUUAGUGUCCGAAAGAUCAUAUAUCUAUUUGAUAUAUUUUUGAUAUUCUAUAUUCUAAGAUAUAUUUAUACAAGUUUUAUAAAUGACAAAAGUUAUGCUGGGAUGUUAUUCAUAAAAAAUUAUACGUUUUCUUGUGCCAUUGUCGAUGGCUGUAAGGUUUGCGCCUAUUUUAAUAAAAUUAUGUUUUAAUUAACAAGUAUUAACAUGUUAUUAUGAAAUUAAGGGACCAAGA